CGCCCUUUCGUCGGUCUUCUUAUGAAAUUAAAUCAAAUUCAUAAUAUACAUGGUUCCUACUGAGUCUCUUUGAGUGAUUACUCUUUAAAACUGUAUAUUAUCAUGGCCGCAUUAAGAAAUAUCGUCACCUAAUAGUUUUUAUUUUAUAUCUUUUUUGUGGUGAACAAACAAUUAAACGACGACCAAACGAUGAAGAACUGAGAUGUCGCGAUAUUUGGCUGCGCGGGCGGGUGGCGGGCAAAUUCCUCAGUUUCUGGAAAAAUGUAGAUGCUGCAACUGGGGAUGGGGAACCGUGUAAUGUAAUGUACACUCACUUAUAUUGGGGGGAUCUUAGUAUAUGUUUAAUAUUGGUUGUUAAAGCAGGAUGAACAUACUGCGCAACUGUGGUUUUGCUAUAAUAUUUGGUAAGGUUUCUUUCUGUAGUUUUUCGCCUGGGAAUUUUGACGGGAGGUGGACAUUGAGUGCAGCCCACGAUCACAUUAAUUUAAAAAAAUCGAAGUUUUUCCUUAAAUGAGCCCUUAGAGGGCACGGAGUUUAAGGUUUCAUUAUGGAAUUUAAGACCAUUAAAUGAAAUUUAGAAAACUAAAAUGAUUUCUUCAAGAAUUGAAACUUGGCUGGCAGCAACAUGGCACCUCAAAGUUCCUUCACAUUGGCUUCAAGCAUGUGUAGAGUGGAUUCAACAGGAGAACCAAGGUGCUGCUUUAACACAGGCCCAAAUCAACAAACAAGUUUUUGAGCAAUGGCUUCUUACUGAUCUCCGAGAUCUGGAGCACCCUGUUUUGCCAGAUGGAAUCUCGGAAAUGCAGAAGUGUGAGCUCAGUGGAUUUCACUGCUUGCAGAUUGAUUCCUUAGUUGAUGUCAGUCAAGCUGCAUACAGCCAGCUGCAAAAAAUCAGGGAGAAGGACACCACUAAUGAACAAGUGACAUCAACGCAGAUAUCCCAGAGAUCUUGGGAAGCAAAACCAACCCGAAUGUUGAUGCUACAAUUAACAGAUGGAGUUCAGGAGCUCCAAGCUAUGGAGUACCAGUCUAUUCCUGCUCUCAAUAGCAGCCUUUCACCAGGCACAAAAGUCUUGUUGCUGGGUAAUAUCACCUGCCGAUUAGGACUUCUGCUUCUUAAACCUGAAAAUGUGAGGGUGCUGGGAGGUGAAGUGGAGUCUCUUGUCGAAGAAAACUCCCAAGAGCGAAUACUUGCAAGGUUAAUUGGGGAACCAUAUGACACUGCUGUAACUAGAGUGAAUAAUAAUAAUCAAAAUGGAGUUGAAAGGGCUGAUGGAAUGCCCCAGCUUUUGGGACCUUCAGAUGAUGAGCUGCUGGCUAGUUUUGAUGAAGAUGAUCUAGUUUUAGAGUCCAGGAUGGAUUCUGAAAGUGGGUAUUGUAGUAAAACUGGCACUUCACUCAGUAUUUCAAAUUACACACAGCCUCCAACAGGUGCAUUAGAUAGCAGAUGGCAAAGUAUGGAGCCCCAGACUCCAGAAAUUUCUAGAGAAUUUCAAAGUGAAAAUAGAGAAUUAUUAGAUUAUAAAGAUGAGGACUUUGACGAGUUUCCCUUGGAUGAAUUGGAUGAUGAUUUGUUCUUGCAGAGUGAAAUGAAUGCAGAAAUUGAGUCUGAUGGAGCAAUGAUCCAAUCCCCAAAAUCUCUCAAAUCCUCAGAGGAACUGCAGAGAAGUAAUACAAAGCAAGAUGCAGAAUCAACAACCAAUAGAUCCAAUCCAUGCCAAGAGCAAAAUGUAAAAACUGCUGAUAAUACUGCUGGCUAUAGAUUACAAAGCCAAGUUAAACUUCUUGGAAGUGGCAUAUAUACUGAAAAUGCAGGGUCAAGUUCCAUGCAAAGUUACCCAAAUGUUCAAGAAUCUCUCAAUUACCUGAAAAAGACAGGCAUCAGUCCAGUGGAAAGAAAAAAUAAUACAAACAUUCUCAGUCUGGAACUGGAAAAUAAGCAGCUUAAAUCUUCAGUACUGUCCUUUGACAGUAGACUGAAGCAUGAUACUAAUCCUGAAAAUCUGUGCACCAUGUCUGAGGUAAUUUCAGGUUCCUCCAGCAAUGUUGGCAGUUUUCAUCACGACUGUGUCAGAAGAAGCAGUAUGAAUGGAAGAAAGUCCAACAGUGGAUCUGUAGGAUUGAACUCUGCACCAUUUACGUACCUAAAUAUUCUUUUAGAUGAGAAACCUGAUGUAAUAACUGUGGUACAAAUCAAAGGCUUCAUUGUUACUUUACUAAAUAAACUCACAAGUGAUGGUGGUCUGUGGAGUAUUAAAGUUAGAAUAUCAGAUGGUACUGCCUACAUGGAUGUAGAACUUGGCAAUGAUAUUUUGAGAAGCUUAAUUGGCUUCUCAGUGGCUGAAAUGAGAGUUUCAGUAAAAUGUCCAAACCAACAGCAAAAGGUAACUUCAGGGUUGCAAAAAUGCCAACGGGAGUUGGUAGACCUCUGCUGUCUAAUGACUAUUGAAUUUAACCCAAAUGUAACUACCACGAGAGUUCUGGCUCUUCACGAAGUAAGUCUAGAAGAUCUUCAGCAUUUAGAACGUCGUGUACGUGACAAAAGGACUGUGCUUAAAUAAUUAAGCAAGUGGAGUUUGAGACUUUUGGCAUGUGCCCUUGCAUUACAGCUUUGGAAGGUGAUUUUAAUCAUAUUAAAAAUACAUGUUGACUUUAACUUGUGAAAUUUGACUUCUUAAAAAUAAACAACUUUUUAAAUGUU